UAAUCGAGUACGUUACUAGGUUUAUAAUUUGAGAAAGAAAUUUCCUAUCCGGGACGUAAGUGACGGAGUCCAGCUACAAUACCGUAAAAAUAUUGUAGAAAUCUUCUGUUUAUAUUCAACAAUCAUCUCGCAGAAUACAGUGAAGAGUGGCAAAUCUACUCGUGACACAUUUACUCUGCUGAAAAUGAGCGGAAGAUCUCAAAUAACGGCGAUGAAUGGGAAACGACCAUCCCCCAUUCCGGCUAGGCUGCAACAAGAACCACCGACUCAGCAUGAUGAUCUGAUAGCAUACAUCUGUGAAUCAUGGAAUCUGGUAUCCCAAGAACUCGAUAUGUGCCACCAACAGCUUAAUAAUUCUACGAAUUAUAGAAACGGAGCGUCAGUAACGUAUUAUCAAGAAAGAGAGCCUAACCCCCAGCUGAAAGAUUUUGAGCCGUUCAACCUGGAAGCCUGGUGGGGUCAACGUGUCGUCCAGAGCAUCACGAGGAACGCGACCUCCUAGUGUCAAGCCCCGCGCGAUCAUCGGACCUUUUCUCACAGGCAUAAGAAACAGAAAAGAUAAACCCAAAUUAAACAAAUACUUUGAAUAAUUCUCACGGGGUGGCGAUUCUUUGAAUUUACAAUGCUUGUUGUGGUUGUUUACGUAAACUUGAGUUGCGACGCAUACUUGGAUAUGCAAUAUCUUGCGUCCGUAACUCGGUUCAAGCAAUAAGAUUACAAUUAAAUUUUGUAAUUAUCGCUCGCUUAGUUUGUAUAGUGACAUGAAAGUGGUGUCGCAAUUAUUGCCUCCCCUUUAUCUUUUCAAGCAAGAUAUUCGAUAUGUAACUAGUUACAAUUGAAAAGCAAGUGCAAGAAAGCGAGGUUUGCAAAAGAACGAAUAUGUAUAUUAAUUAUGGGAGUGACUUGACGAGCGACUGUAAAUUCCUAAUAAAUAUUUUAUUACUACGAUGAAAACAAGCAAGUCGCAUGAGGUAUAUUUAGGAAAUGUCUGAAUUUUCAGCAUGGGCAAGAAUUGCAAAUUAGAAUCAUGCAGUAAAAACAAGACGUGUCUUGUGUGGACAGAGGGUUCUUGCAAACCUUGAAAAAUGUUUGAACCAGAAAAAAUCAGUAAUCUUUGUUAUAGGAGUAUACGAGAUUUACGAUUUAGCAUAUUCACACAUUUUGAUGUAAUUCGCUAGGUAGUAAAAUAUGCAACAUUUUAAUCUUCUCUUAUCAAUUUUUGACACUCAACUUACGUUGCAUCAUGAUUAAAGCAGUUGAAGUAGUAUUCGUAAAAAUCGAAAUCAGAAUAAAUCAUGCCAUUUGUUAAUAUGCAAAAUAGGAUUUUUGUUCUAGCAGUGUUUUUAAAUUAUAUCUGGAUGUUCUCAAAAUGUCCAAGAUAGUUCAAGAUUACGAUCAGUUGAUGCGUAUAGGGAAUAUUUUGUGCCGUUAGGUUUUAGAUGAACGUUACAAAAAUUGAAAAGUUCUUACCUGGAAAAUUUUGAAGAGACGUUUAAGUUGGUGACAUUCCUAUAUUGUUGGCAACAAAGCCUAAUGAAUUUCGAAUGUAUGAAUUCUGAAAUGAUUCACUGCCCAAGAAUUUUUGUACUCUUCUCUCUCGGUACUUUUCGAGUCCCAAUAAUUAACUUUUACAGAUUGAAUAUUUAAUAUUUAUACCGAUGAGUAGAAUACACGAUGUCCAACGACUCGUUUUGAUUGACAUACAACCUUAAUUGUACCGCAGUACAAUGUUCUUUAGUUGCAGUAAAACGAUUUGAACAAGUUG